UACGUUCCCGAGAAAUACUUUAAAGCCCAUCUGAAUAACGAUGUUUGGUUCAUCUGUGAGGACAAGGUCACCAGUGAUGGUCUCCUGGAGUUCUCUGUCAGACUUGGUUCCAUCACGCUGAAUACAGAUUGCCUGGCAGAGCUAAGGACACAGCAGGAGGCGAUCAUCCGGAGCUUCGCCUCGAAGACACCAAAAAUAAUCUACAACAGCCCAAGUCUGACGGUGGAGCUCAUGGCUGACGAGCACAAAACCACCGAACACGGCGACGCCGCGGACAACAUAUACGCCACCGCAGAGGCCAACUUCGUCGAUGCCCGGUCACACCUGUAUGACGCUCGGCUCGCACUAGCCCCGCCCGGGGCCCACGGGGAAAUCCGCCCAGCCGGAGAACCGGCAUCACAUCGUGGGCCCAAGUUGCCUUCGAUCACCAUCCCGCCCUUCUCGGGACGACGAGAGGACUGGGAAUCCUUUAGGCACCUGUUCCGAGCCCUCAUACACGACGACAAGCAGCUAACGGACGUUGAGAGACUCUAUUAUUUAAAGUCACUCACUCAAGGCGAUGCCAAGGCCGUCUUGGACUCCGUGCAGAUCGUUGGAUCCAACUACCCGACAGCCUGGAGCCUACUCGAGGCCCGCAAUGAGCAUCGGCGGCUCCUCGUGCAGGACCACGUUGCGGCGCUCCGCAACAUCAAGCCUCUGCGGGACGAGUCAGCCGGAGGUCUCCAAGCGCUGUUGGACACGCUUGAACGUCAUCGCGAUCAGCUUAGUGCUCUCGGCCGCCCUGUCGCCUCCUGGGAUGAUUAA